AUGUCGGCAAACACAACAACAACACCCAGCAUGGACUUAGACUAUGUCACAAAUAGUGGCGACACUGGAUGGGUGAUGAUCUGCACAACGCUUGUUUUUCUGAUGUCACCUGCACUGGGCUUCUUUUAUGCAGGACUUGCCAGAGCCAAAAACGCAUUGUCACUCAUGUACUUGACAGUUAUGUCGGUGGCAGUUGUUUCCUUUCAAUGGUACUUGAUUGGUUAUUCACUCACAUUUUCCGAUACCGGAUCCUCCUUUAUUGGCGAUACCAAAAACUUUCUACUGAGAGGCGUGGGUAGACAGCCUCAGAUUGCAGGACAAACGAUUCCAGAAUCUGCUUUCAUGCUGUUUCAAUGCAUGUUUGCAGCCAUCACCCCAGCGUUGGCCUUUGGAUCUGCCGCGGAACGAAUGUCUUUGGGUCCAGCCAUUUUGUUCAUCUUUAUCUGGACAACACUAGUAUAUGACAUCAUUACGAAUUGGGUUUGGAAUCCUAAAGGCUGGCUUGCAGUGAUGGGUGUCAUGGAUUAUGCUGGAGGUACACCUGUUCAUAUUUCAAGUGGUUUAGCAGCAGUUGCCUACGCUAUGGUUGUUGGCAAACGUAGAGAUUAUCAUGAAAACGUCAAUGUGCCUCAUAAUGUUUCCUUUGUAUUCUUGGGCCUAGCACUCAUGUGGUUUGGCUGGCUAGGAUUCAACGCGGGUAGCGCGCUUGGAGCAAAUGCUCGCAGUGUCCACUCUCUUGUUUGCACACAUCUAUCAGGUUGUACAGCUGCUGUUGUUUGGGUACUGAUGGACUACCAACAUACGCGCAAGUGGAGUAUCAUUGGCUUAUGUACUGGUGCUGUUGCAGGAUUAGCUACGAUUACGCCAGGCUCAGGUUUUGUCAGUGAAGCGAGUUCACUUGCAUUUGGUGCUCUUGGUUCCAUCAUCUCAAACAUCAUUAUUCGCUACAAGCAUCGCCUUGGUUUCGAUGAUGCCCUGGAUGUAUUUGCUGUGCAUUACAUUGGUGGUUUGGUCGGCUUGGUUUUGACUGGUAUCUUUGCUGAGCAGUGGGUGAUUGCAUUAGGGUAUCCUGUGGGUACUGCCUCUGCUGCCAUGCCUAAGGGUGGCUGGUUAGAUGGUAACUGGAUCCAAGUGCCUGUUCAGCUAGCAGCUAUCGUUAGCGUGUCUGCUUGGUCGUUCGUGGUAACAUACAUUAUUCUGGUUGUUCUCAACAAGAUACCAUCUCUGAAGCUGAGACUAGCUGAUGAAGAUGAAAUUAUUGGCACUGAUUGGGCUGAAAUGGGUGAGCGUGCGUAUGGCUAUUUGCCUAUGGAUGAAGAGCAUGCUCAAAUUCAACAGAUGGAAGAAGAAAACAGACGUCGAUUGGAAGAAGCAGAGGAGGAGGCCAUCAGUGAAGGUCGUGAAGUACAGCUGGAUGAACAUGUGAAUGGCACACUAGGAAAUCAGAACAGAAAUUCGAGUGGUAUUGACUUGCAUCUCAACACAGUGCCAACAGGAACGAGUUCGGCUCAUCGUAAAGGCUUCAAACAAAACCUUCGUCGUUUAAUGAUGUCUCGUGGUGCGCAUAAAAAGAAGAGCAACGGCAAUACAGUGGGUGGCGCAUUUGUCAUGGAAGAACCUGUGAUAUUGAACUAUGGACAAGAUAAAGAUCUCGGCGGCAGCGGCAGUUUGUCCAAGGAACUGGAUUCAUACACGCCAAAGAGUACCCAGCAGCAGAAAGAUGUGGAAUUAAGUGAUCUAGCACACCAAAAGAACUUUUUCUACUACGACACGGACGAAGCUGGUCCAAGCACCACAGCGAGUAGUGGACAAAACACACCCAAAAUCGAGUUUCGAGAUUCAGAUACAGUGCUCAACAUUGAGCGGGUGAGUAGUAACAAUAGCCCGUCAAAUGAAAAAUAG